AUGAUUUGCAAGAUCGAUAAUCCAGGAUAUGUGGCUCUAGAAAACGACGCAUGGAGACAUGAAAACAACAAUUCAGAGAGUGAAGAUAAUAAGAUGAGGGAAAUGGUUGAGAAGAAACUUCGAUAUUGGCCUUCAAAGAAAUCGCCACCAAGACUAGUUGAUGAGCUAGUGGUGAAUCCAGCUAAUAUAUCUCAAGAAGGUAUUGAUCUGACGAAGGUGACAUUCGAACAAUACAUAAAGCACACUGAAGUUACAAUUGCAAAAGAUCAAAGUGCAAGUGUUCAAGCUGAAGGUGUUAAAGAAAAAGAGCCUGAAGGUGUUGUUCAUGAUGAUUCAAGUGAUGCUGAUGAUGAAUCAACCGAGAUAGAGCCAGAGAUUGAUAUGUUACAGGUUGGUCGUGGAAAGGUUCAGUUGAAAAAGAAGCCUCAGAAGAAAAGAAAAGGUUCUGAUGAAGAGGAUUCUACAUAUACGCCAACAGGAGAAGAGAAAAAGAAGUUAAGGAUAAAACGCAAAGCUGUUCAGUCAGGCGUUAUUGCGAGGAACGUCAGGGCAAGAAACGGAGGUGCAUCUUUGCUAGAAAGUCAAAGUGGAAAGAUUCCUAAGGCACCAGAAGUACAAAGCGUUGAAAAGCCUGAAGUUGAAAAGAAUGUUGGUGAUGAUGAUUAUGUUGACGUAAGAGUUUCUCCACCACCACCACCACCAAAAGAUCAACCAAUUCCAGAAAGUGAAUAUAAAGAUGACAUUCUUUCUGGUGAUGAGUUUGAUAUGUUUCACGAUGCAUCUGUCAAAGCUCUGGAAAAGAAGGUUAGUAUUCUUGAGAAAGGAAAAGCCAAGGCAGAGGCUGAGCGUGAUGAGUUGAAGAAACAACUUGAAGAGUUGACAAAAGUAAACGAAGAGAUAAAGUCUGUCAUGAUCAAACAAGCGAAGAAGUUAAAGAAAAAGGGAAGUGAACUUCAUGAAGCAUCGGCAAAUGAAUUCAAGGAAAUGAAGCUUGAGAUGGAAGCAAUGAAGGCUGAUAAAGCAGUGAAGGAUGAACAACUUAGUAUGUUAUAUACGGUGAUGGAACAUCAUUUGGGCAUCGACGUUCAUUCUAUCUAUAACAACAUAGAGAUUCAGAGGGUUGAAGAAAGAAGUCAACCUGUAGCUGGUGGAUCUUCGAGUCAAGCUGACGUUGAGAUGGUUGAUGUUGAAGCUAAUCAAGCUCAAGGCUUCGUACUUGUUGGUAAGUCUUCUACUCUGUCAUACAAUUAUGAUGAUAUUAUUCGCCGCGUGCAAGUAGAACAAAGAAAAAGAAAGGCGAAAGAAACAGAAGUGUUGUUACUUAGAUGGAAAGAAGAAGAAAAAGUAGAAGAGGAAGAAGUGAAAGAAGAUGAAGAUUUGGAUGACGUUCAUGAUGCGAUUGAAAAUUAUGAUCCUUCAUGGGAUGAUUUCAUUGACAAAAAGGAUGAUGAUGAGGAUCAAGGCUCGUCGGGAUUAUUGAUUAUGAAUCCUUCUGUUCAACAAAGGAUAGAAGAUUUUAUGAAUGAUGAGAUCAACGAACAAGAGGAUCAUUAA